AUGUGUGUAUGUGAUAACGAUACGAUGUUUGCCAUAAAGGCACUUGCCCACUUGUGUACUACUCGAUCAAUUCUACGUUUUCAUCAAUCAAUAUUUUAUAAUAAUAAUAAUAAUAAUGAAUUAAUUCAUGAACAGUAUUUAUUAAUAAAAAUGACUGUUUGUAUACAAAAACGUGAUCGUUGUCGUUUAUGUUUUUCAUUAAUUUUACGUGAUCGUUCAACAUUAUUUUCAUCAAUAUGUUGUCAAAAAUAUUAUCAUUUAUUUAAACAUAUAAAACGUACAAAAAUUCCAAUAAAAAAAUAUAAUCCAUUAAAAAUAAAAAUUUCAUCUCGAACAGUUUGUUUUCGUGAUUUAAUUUUACGUUAUUUACGCACACAAAUUGAACCAAAAAAAAAUUUUUCAAAUUUUAUUUGUUAUGAUUGUUCAAUGAUAUUAUUAGAUAUUGAACAAUGUGCAAAAUAUUUACGACGAACAAUAAAUCAAUUAAAAAUUAAAUUUAAUAAAUCAAAUCGUCUUGUUACAUCAUCAUUGUCAGCAACAUAUCAAAAGAAAAAUCAAAUAAUGAAAACAAUUAAAAAUGAAACAUUACCGAUUUUAGAGUCGGAUGAUGAUGAAGAAUUUGAUGAUAUUGAUGAUGAUGAGGAAACGGAUGAAGAAAAUGAUGAUACAACAAAAUCAAUUGAACCAACAAAUCGAACAAUUUGUGAUCAAUCAAAAUCUCUUGAUUUUACAUCAUCAUCAUCUGGUGGUGAUUCACUAUUACAUAUUCAACGAAAUAAUUUAACAAAUAAAAAUCCGAAUAAUAAUCAGUGCAAUGAUGAUGAAGAUAAUGAUGCUGAAGAUGAAGAUGAUGAUGAUGAUGACGACGACGAAGAAGAAGAAGAUGGUUUAGUUUCAAGUCGAAAAACAAAAUCUAAAAAACAUAAACAAAAAACUUUAUCCGAAAUUUCACCUAAAAAUGUUAUAUCCAAUUUAAAUCCCUCAUCAACAAUAAAUCCAUCAGAUUCAUCAAUGAAUUUACUUCAAGAAACAAAACCAAAUAUUCUUCAAUUGCGUCUUGCCCAGAUGAUGGCAAAUGCCGCAGCUGUUGCAUCACUCUCUACAGGUCAAAAUAAUAACAAUAACAAUAAUAAUGAUGGUAAUAAUGUUGAUACUGUGAUGAAUACAUUCGCCAAUAUGCAACGAAAUUUUCUAUUGAAAAUAUUAAGUGAUCCAAUGGCAGCUGCACGGGCUGCUAUGUCAGCUACACAAAUGAAAACUACUAUAUCACCAAUAUCAUUAAUCGAAUCGAAUAAUAAACAAACUGGAAGUGGUAGAAAACGAAAAUCAACACCAGAAAAACGUGUCAUUACAAAUUAUCGAUCAACAAAUAAUAAUGGCAAUGCAUCUCCAACAAUUGAACAUGAAUCAAUGAGUAAUUCAACUGAUAAUAUGAAUAAUCAAGAUAGAACUGAUCAUCCAUUAGAAUUAACAUUAAAAAGUCUGCAAUCAUCAAAUCGUGUUUUAGCAUCACCAGAUGUUCAAAAUCUUGUGACAAGUCGAAAGAAAGAAAAUGGUAGUCCAUUACAUGUAGGACAAUUAUAUCAACAUAUUGAUGAAGAUCCUAAAGAGAGUACGACACCGAAUGAUUCGUCUGUAUCUCUUUCAUCAUCAUUAAUUCGUCAUUCAACAUUAGCUAAACGACAGCGUCUUUCAACGAGUGGCCAAUAUGAUUCUACAAACACACAAAAUAAGCCAUCAAUGAUUAAUAUGCCACAAGCAACAAGUGAUUUACUAUCACCAAAUCAUCAUCAAACAACAAUGAAUGAUGAUAAUAAUUCAAAUAUUCAUCAACGACAACAACAACGUAAAUUAGAUCCACGUUCAUGUGCUGAGUGUGGUAAAGUAUUAUUUAGUGAUAGAACAUUAUUACUUCAUUGUCAAACACAUGCAAAAAAUGAAAAACAAUGUUGGAUAUGUGGAAUCAAUGAUGAUUCUAUUAAGAAACAUAUUAUUAAUGAACAUGGAAAUCAAAAAAUUACAAAUACUGGUUUCAAAUGUCAACAUUGUGACAGAGUUUUUCCUGUUUUUGCUGAUCUAGAAAAUCAUACAAAAGAACAUAGCAAGAAGAAGCCUUUUGAAUGUCCAAUAUGUAAUAAACGUUUUGGUCAACAAGGAAAUUUAAGUUGUCAUUUACGAAUUCAUAGUGGUGUUAAACCAUUUACUUGUUCAAGUUGUGGUAAAGCAUUUCGUCAUUCAAAUAGUUUACGACGUCAUGCACGUACAGUUCAUUCAGCAUCUCGUGGUUUAACAACAACAAAUUCACUUCUUCCAAGUACUACAACAUCAUUAUCUAAUGAUAUUAAGGUUGAAACAUAUGAUGAUGUACCAUCAUCACUUAUGAUACCAUCUGAUGAUGGUUCAUCAUCAACAGGUGGUAUUCCAUCACCUUCAAUAUCUAAUGCACAAGUUGAUAGUGAUUCACACGAAUAG